AGCCGCCGGGCAGGGCAGCCCUGACCCCCGCUCCGCCGGCCAGGGCCCUUCUCCUCCUCCGGGGACCCAGACCCCUGCGCGGCCGGCACCUGCUGUCCGGGUCAGCCUCCCCUGAGGGACCUGGGACGGGGUCGGGGUUGGCGCCCAGAUCUGCGCACCGGCCUCUGCCCGGGCGGCGCGUUGGGUCCGGGGAGCCUAUGACCCGAGCAAAGCCCGGCGCCCUCCGGGCAGCGGCUCCGGGCAGACGCGCUCCUCCCACGCGACCCUGCUGUGAAGUCUCGGACUCCACACUGAGCUCCAGGCGAGAGGCGCUUGGCUUCCUGUCCCCACCCGCGGCACCACGCGGGGUCGCCGGCCACGCCUCGCGGCGCCCCCAAACCCUGGGGCCGGGGCUCUGCAGCGCCCCCUCUGCCCGGCUGCGCGGCACGGCCCGGGAGCGGCUCCCGCUGUCCGGAGCUGUCCCGCUCCCUCCGCGGCUCCCCUGCGCUCCUUGGGCGGCGCAGAGUCCUCGGACGCGGCCGGAGGUCGCGCCUGUCCCCUGCCUCCGAGAUCCUCCUGAUCGCAGCCUGGCAGCGAGGCAGACGGAGCAACCCGGCAGCCCUGACUCAGCUCCUUGGGGCAAACGCUGGCCCUGGAAUCCCGGGGACCAGAGCCACGGCUAAGCUGCUGGAGGAUAGGACCGCCCCGUCCAGGGAGAGACCGAGGGCCGGAACAGGGGAGCCGGGCAGCUGGAAUCGGGCUGGGGCUGCGAGCUGCCAGGUCAGGCUGAUGAGGAAGAGAGGUGCGCAAGAGGUCAAAGAAUCAAGAAGCUGUGGGGACUAAACUAGGGCUUGGACAAAUGAAUGAUAAACAAAAUUGCCCCCUCAGCCCACCUGGGGGAGGGGCAGAAAAUACUCUCACUUGGAUACUGCAAGCAUGAAACCAUGAAAGAACUGUUCCCUGCACCUGCACCUGCGCCUGCGCCUCCACCUGCACCUGCCCAGAGAAGUAAACAACACGGACGAUGGAGCUUAUGAGGGUGCUCAGCUCAGUUCUCCUGACCUGGGAUCUUUAACGACGGCUGAUCUUCUAUUUCUACGUGUAUGUAAGAGCCAUGGUUGCAUUUCCUGCUGGAAGCUACAACAGAAUGGCAAGAGUACCGAGAUAGAAUACUAUGGAAAGAAGCAGAAUACCUCCUAUGGACAAUCUUG